AUGACCUCUUUGAAGCCCAUUUUGUCUCACAUCGAUAACAUCCCCUCCACUCCGGGAAAAUUCAAGCCGGACAAAUCAUCUCUGUACUACCUUCACCACCGUUUCCGCCUCCAUAGCACUGUCCCAAGAAUAACAUUUUGGUCGCUCGUUUUUCUGGCUUUGAUCUCUUUAUUCUUCUUUAUGACGCCGCCUUCCACCACCGCCCCUCGCCGCGGCCUCCGUACCACCGCUUCCUACGGCGGAUCGGGUUGGGAGAAUCAGGUCAAAGCAUCUGCUAAAAUUCGUUCGCGCAAUGGUCAUUCGGUUCUCGUCACCGGCGCCGCCGGUUUCGUCGGUGCACACGCGUCGCUCGCUCUAAAACGCCGUGGAGAUGGUGUCGUCGGACUCGACAAUUUCAAUUCGUACUACGACAUUACCCUAAAGAAAUCACGAAAAUCACAACUCCUUGACCGCGCCGGCGUGUUCGUGGUUGACGGUGACAUAAACGACGCGGUUCUCCUCCGUAAACUCUUCGGCCUAGUCCACUUCACUCACGUCCUCCACCUUGCGGCGCAAGCCGGCGUCAGGUACGCCAUGGUAAACCCUAAUUCCUAUAUCAAAUCAAACGUCGAGGGAUUUGUAAACCUCCUAGAAGUUGCGAAAUCAACAAACCCUCAACCUGCAAUCGUCUGGGCAUCUUCUAGUUCGGUUUACGGCCUGAAUUCGAAGGUACCCUUCUCUGAAAAAGACCGAACCGAUCAACCGGCAAGCCUCUACGCCGCCACAAAAAAAGCCGGUGAAGAAAUCGCUCAUACUUACAACCAUAUCUACGGUCUUUCAAUCACCGGAUUACGUUUCUUCACUGUAUAUGGACCUUGGGGCAGACCAGAUAUGGCGUAUUUCUUCUUCACUAAAGACAUCUUGAAAAGACGACCGAUUUCCAUAUUCGAAGGGCCUGAUCAUGCUACUGUGGCAAGGGAUUUCACAUACAUUGAUGAUAUCGUUAAGGGAUGUUUAUCGGCUCUGGAUACUGCAAAAAAGAGCACCGGGAGUGGAGGGAAAAAGAAGGGCGAAGCACAGUUUAGGAUCAUUAAUUUAGGGAACACUUCUCCUGUUUCAGUGAAUAAACUAGUUAGCAUAUUAGAGAAACUGUUGAAGGUGAAAGCUAAGAAGAAGGUGGUUUUGAUGCCUAGAAAUGGCGACGUGCCAUUCACCCAUGCAAAUAUCAGUUUGGCUCGGAAGGAGCUUGGAUACAGACCCACUACAGAUUUGGAAACAGGGUUGAAGAAAUUCGUGAAAUGGUAUCUUGAUUAUCAUGGUGCAAAGAAGAAGAGUGCGUGGUGA